ACGUCAAAAACGUAGACCAAAGCCCCAGCCGUCAGCUAGUUCACGCAGGCCCUUAAUUUCUCUGGGUAUUCCAUAGCGGACAUUAAAUGCUCAGGCGCAUUUAUGCAGAGCAUCCACGCGCACUGAACCAGCAUCCGGUAUGGGUCUCCGAUGCUCCCAGACCAUCCCUGCGGUUGUGCUGCUGAUAGUGUCAAUAGUCGGAGUUCUGCUGGUGGUCCUCCCGGCUAAAGAGGUGGAGACGCCUCCUGAAAACAUGUAUGGAAUCAUUAUGGAUGCAGGCUCAUCCCACACCUCCAUGUACAUCUACAAAUGGCCAGCUGACAAGCAAAAUGGCACUGGUAUUGUUACCCAGCAUAGCAAGUGUCAUGCAAAAGGUCGAGGGAUAUCCAGCUAUAUAGGUGUCCAUGGUGGUGCAGCAGAAAGUCUGAAGGCAUGUCUGGAGCAAGCUGUGAAGGAUAUCCCCAAAUCCAGACACUACCAAACUCCACUAUAUCUGGGAGCUACUGCAGGCAUGAGGCUCUUGAAAAUAGUCAAUGCCACAGAGUCAGAUCGGAUACUGAAGGAAGUGGAAAACAAACUGAGGUCCUACCCUUUCAAAUUCAAAGAGGCAGCCAUCCUGAGUGGACAGCAGGAGGGGGCAUAUGGCUGGGUCACAGUCAAUUACUUACAUGAAAACUUUGCCAAGUAUGGUUUCAUCGGGCGUUGGCUGAAUCCAGGCAGAGAGACUACUGGAGCUUUGGAUUUAGGUGGAGCUUCCACUCAGAUUACCUUUGAGACCUCGGAGAAGGUGGAGGACAGUGUUAAUCUGAUGGAGAUGAAGCUUUAUGGCCAAAUUUACAGACUAUACACCCAUAGCUUCCUGUGCUAUGGCCAAGACCAGUUCCUCAGGAAACUGAUGGCUCAUCUUAUCACGACUCAAGGUGUGAAGCCCCAAGUCUCCCACCCCUGCUAUCCACAACAGUUCAAAAUAUCUAUCAAGCUGGGGGAGGAUGUGUUUGAUUCUCCAUGUACUAAGAACUACAGACCAACCCAGUUUGACCCCCACAUGCCUGUAACAGUAGUGGGCACAGGAGAUUACCAGAACUGCCUGGGCAAUGUAAAAAAGAUGUUCUCCUUCGACAACUGCUCUUACUCCAAGUGCUCCUUUGAUGGAGUCUUCCAGCCCAGCGUGAGAGGAAACUUCAUGGCAUUUUCAGCCUUCUCCUUCACUCACAGAUACAUCAACAGCCUCACCAACAUCACCAUGACAUCCCCCAGUAAAAUGGAGGCGGCGAUCCGACUUGUCUGCAAUAUGACCAUCUCUGAGAUCACUGAAAAAACCAAGCAGUCAGAGAAAUACAUGAAGAAUGUCUGCGCUGUCUCCAACUUCAUUCAGGUCCUCUUAACACAGGGCUACAGUUUCAAUGAGCUCUCCUUUCCUUCCAUCUCUUUUCAGGAGAAGUUAGGAGGCGCAUCCGUAGGCUGGGCUUUGGGAUACAUGCUCAAUCUGAGCAACAUGGUACCAGCAGAUAGCUUUGGACCGAUGAAGGCUCUUCCCCUAGUGCCCUGGGCUGGCAUCCUCUUCCUCUUCAUUCUCAUCCUCCUCACUGCAGUGGGAUACCUUCUGUUAAUCUACAGAAGAACAGUAACUAAAGAAGGCAUGGUUUAAGAGCAAAGGUGAUACACCUCUCAGUCCAAUUCAUGUUCCUCUUAAAGUAUGCACAUGUCCAUCCAAAACUGUCGGUCACAUUUGAAAGAAAAUUUGCCACAACAUUUUAGAUUUUUUCUUGCAGUUUGUUGUCUGCCUGUGUAUGUAAGGGAAAUUGCCAGUAGUAAAGUACUGAUAAAUAUGUCCUACACAAUUUUCUUUGCAAAUCCACAAACUUUCUGCUUGCUUGCAGAGACUCAGUGUGUGUAAAAUGAACCUAAAGA